GCGCAUAUACAAACUCAUAUAUAAUAUAUCAAUCAAUUAUAGAAAGAGAUCAGAGAGAGAGAGAGAGGGAGAGAUGGAAGUAAUGAAAGUGCUUCACAUGAAUGGUGGAGUUGGGGAAACAAGCUAUGCUAGCAACUCUCUGGUUCAGAGAAAGGUGAUAUCGAUGACGAGACCCAUCAUGGAGGAAGCCAUAACCGCCCUGUACUUAAGCAUCUUGCCGCGUCCAACAACCCUAGCGAUAGUGGACCUUGGUUGCUCCUCAGGCCCGAACACGCUCUACGUAGUCUCUGAGGUGAUCAGAGCUGUGGAGAAUAUCCGCAGGGAGAUGGGGCACAACGAGCCUCCUGAGUACCAGGUCUUCUUGAAUGACCUUCCCGGAAACGACUUCAAUGCCAUAUUCAGGGCGCUGCCAAGGUCCACGGAGAAGCAGGGCCAGUGUUUCUUCACCGGGGUCCCAGGAUCUUUCUAUGACAGGCUCUUCCCUAGCAAGAGUUUACAUUUCGUUCACUCUUCGUACAGUCUCCAGUGGCUAUCUCAGGUUCCUGAGGGACUAGAGGGUAACAAAGGGAACAUAUACAUGGCGAGCAGUAGCCCUCGGAGUGUGAUCGAUGCUUAUUACCAGCAGUUUCAGGACGACUUCUCGUUGUUCCUAAAGCAUCGUGCACAGGAGCUGGUGUCAGGCGGGCACAUGGUCUUAACGAUCUUGGGCAGAAGAAGCGAGGAUCCAUCGAGCUCAGAAUGUUGCUGCAUUUGGGAGCUCUUGGCAAUGGCUCUCAAUGAGAAGGUUUCCGAGGGACUGAUAGAAGAGGAGAAGAUGAACAGCUUCAACAUCCCGCAAUACACGCCCUCCCAGUUGGAAGUGAAGGCAGAAGUUUUGAAAGAAGGGUCUUUCUCCAUCAACCGUCUGGAGGUCUCGGAAGUGAAUUGGAGCGUCAACAAGAAGACGACCGAGUACAAUGGUCACCAGAGCAGGAACGGGAAUCUCCAUGGCGAAGGAUACAGCGUGGCAAUGUGCAUGAGAGCUGUUGCUGAGCCCAUGCUGAUCAGCCACUUUGGGGAAGGAAUCAUAGAGGACGUGUUCCGGCGCUACAGGAUGCUGAUUGAGGACCGCAUGGCGAAGGAGAAAACCGAGUUCAUCAAUGUCACACUCUCUCUCACCAGAAAUCCAGCAUGAGACAACAAGAAGAGAAAAGAAGAAUGCGGCUCCCUAUAUGUGGCUGCUUUUUAAUUACUGCAGUAAUCUCAUGGUGCAGAAGUAUUUAAUUAUUUCCUUCCUAUAUGUGGUUGCUUUUUAAGUUGUUGGCUAUCAUGGCGAAUGCCAUGUUAAAACAAGCUUGUAUUGCUGCUUUGAUGCCCGGAUUUCGUAUCUGUGGCUGCUUUGUUAUGGGAUGUGAUUGGUGUGAUCGAUCAUAUAGUUGUGCUCGUUUCAUCUAAUGCCGUAAUGAAGGUUUCAGUUCAAAUUCA